GUCUGGUUGUUCUGCUGUUUGUGUCUCUGCAUGGUGGCUGUGUGGCAUGGCUGUGGCUGGCUGCAGGGGCCGUACCUGGUGCACGGCGAGCAGAAGCGAGAGGGGCCCCUGACAGAGUGCGGUGGCAGUGGCACCCUGCAUGACUAUCAGACAGACCUGGGAGGGAAACCUCAGCAGCAGCAGCAGCAGCAGCAGCAGCAGCAAACGUACAUGCGCUCCUCCCGUGGCCAGCUGCGGGGAAGCAGUGGGCGGGGCCUGUCACGGCAAGACACCUUCGACUCGGAGACCCAGGGCAGCCGGGACUCCGCCUACACCGAGGCAGGCGACUCCUGCAUGGACAUUGAGACUGACCCCUAUGAAGAGCCCGAGCCCUACCGGGGAGGUGGCGGCAGCCGCCUCCACCUGGCGCAGCAUCACGGCAGACAGGCCUCCUGGGAAGACGAGGGCGCCGAGCCAGACCAGGAGAACCUGAACCACCCCCCGAUGCCGAGCCAGACGCAUGGACGUGCCAAGCUGAGGGAACGCUACUGCCAGGACCCGGUGGACACGGGGGCCAACAUGAGCCGCAACAAGAACCAGGACGACUGGGGGAGAGACGUCUACAUCCGCUGAACAUCACACUGCUGAGGCAAGGAGGCGACUGGACGGACUGAGGACAGGGGGAGAUAAGGGCGGGGAGGGGGGGAAAGGUUCUGGUUUCAGGUCAGAAGGAACUGAAGUGUGUGGGUCUGGGGCCAUGCCAGUCAGGCUGACAAAAAGAAUCUGUUUACAUCCCAGUACAAUGUAAAGAAACACAUCAACUGCCAGAUGCCAUUCUCAUCAACUUCUUCUUGCAAUUUAUUUAUGAUUAGAAAAAAAAAUACUAUUGGUCUGGUUUUGUUUUUUUUUCGUUUCCUAUGUUAAUACUGCAUGAAUAUCAUGGAUUUCUAAACUGACAGCACGAGGACAGUAAUUGUUAUGAUUGUGAAUCUUAUGAUUGUGAUCUGUGUGACUCGACCUCCCCUCUGGUAGAGCUGUUGUCCGUCACGUCUGUCCUCUGCAGUCUUAAACAGGGUCAAAUGUCAUUGUCCCCCCCAUGUGCAGUGUCAGGGUUUCCUCCUACCUUAAUCUCACCCACUGCUUUUUACUUUUUCUAGAUUUCACGCUGAGAUCCAGACGUUACGAGUCUCUCGCCCUCCUCUUUCUUAUCACCCAGACCUUAAAAAGCUGGUGGAGAAGUUGCCAUAUUUAAACACGACAGUUUAUCGAUGUUGCCACGCUCAUGCCACAGCGAUAGAGUACACUCCAAAGACGUUUACUUCCUCCCCAGUCUGGUUCAGCCGUCGUACCCCGACCGUACACGUCUGACCCGCUCCACCCCUUUCUGUUUUUCCCUCUUCCUCGUGGGUGCUGAGGGGCGCCCCCGCUUGUAUUCAUUUGUCCUCUGGUGCAGAUUCAGAGCAGCACCACCGUAGUAGUUUUUUGUGAAUGAAGUGUCCUGCCUUAGUCACUCCCACCUUAAAAAACAAAAAAAAUAAAAAUAAAAAUAAACAAACAAAAAAAAAAGACACCCUUAUAUCAAGAAAUCUCCAAUCACAAGUGCCGGAAUGUCUCGCCAAGCCAUGUCCACCACUGCCACGGUGGGAUGUCUUAACUCUUGUUAACACUCGUUUUCAUACCAUUAUCUGUGUGUCUUUCGUGUCUCGUGGCUACUCCGUGGAACCGUAGCCCAAUGCUGUCGCUGCAGCACACGGCUCAUCUUGUUUUCUUUGCACCAGCUUCGUCGUCUGUCUUUUCAGGGCUAAUGGUUGUAUAAAAAGUACUUGUGUGUGUGUGUGUGUGUGUGUGUGUGUGUGUGUGUGUGUGUGUGCGCGCGUGUGUGUGGUCAAUCACUCCACCUACUUCCACUCAAACAGCUAGCUUGUCUGAUAUUAAAUACCACUCUAUUCUUACUCUUGAUUUCUGACUGAAUUAGUGUUGCUUCUUCCUGUGGACAUUUGCAAUUUUUUUUUUAUUUAAUUUUGAAUCUUCAGGGUUUUUUUUUUUUGUGAGGUAGUGAGAGGAGUAUCGAGCUGGGUGGGGCGGGGGAGGGUGGGGUAGGAUCAGCUUUGGUCUUUACUCAGUUAUCUAUAAUGGAGAAUCCAUGAAUGUCUUCGGUGGGCUGCUUCGGCCCGCCCCGUCUUCGGUUGAAUAAAUAAAUAUUAAAUAAUGAUCAGUAAAUAAUGUUAUUGUUGCGUUAUCGCAAUUGUUAAAAAUAUGAAAAAUAACAUGUAUCAUUGGUGCCUGAUUGUAGCUACAUUUUGCUUUUUCUGCCUUUCAUUUUUAAUCUGUGGAUAAAUUCGUAUUUUAAUUAAAAAUUUAAUCAGAAAAUUUA